AUGAAAUGUGCUCCGCGCAGCCGGGCGGCAGCGCCGCUCAUUAAAGAGACAGGGCGCCGGCACCGCGCCCGCGGGGCGACCCCGCCACCCCCGCCGGGACCACCCCCGCCGGCCGGGACCACCCCCCUCCACGCGGGACCACCCCAACCCCACGCGGGACUAUCCCCUCCCCACAAGCGAGACCACCCCAUACGUACACGGGACCGUCCUCUCCCCACGCGGGACCACCCCCCUUCCAUGCGGGAUCACCCCCAUCCCACCGGGAUCACCCCCCACACACAUGCGGGACCACCACACACACACGGGACCACCACCUCCUCCCGCGGGAACACCACCUUCCCCCGCGGGAACACUCCCCUCCUAUGCAGGACCACCCCCCCUACACGCGGGACCACCACCCAAACACACCCACGGGACCGCCCCCUCCCCACGCGGGUUCAGCCCCCGCGCCCCCGCAGGGUUCUCUUCCCAAGGGAGGGCGCUGCGGGGCCGGGGCGGCAGCGCCCUCCGCCCGCUGCCACCGAGACACGCGGGACGCGGGCGGUUCCGGGAGAAAAAGAGGGAUUUAUGGCAAUUGUCCCGCUGUGCGGGCGGCUCCGCGGGACCGUGGGGACUUCCUCAGGUGCUCCCACCUGCAAAGGGCUCGGGACUGGGCACCGGCGGGGCUGGGCACCGGUGGAUGCUCCCUCAGGUGCUCCCGGGGCUGGGUACCCGUGGAUGCUCCCUCAGGUGCUCCCGCCUGCGGAGGGCUCAGGGCCAGGGAGCGGGUCCCUUCGCCAUGCAGGUCUCCCUGCGCACCCUGGUGUUCCUGUGGAAGUAGCAGGGGGGGGAACAGAGGGGUUGGACACAAACACAAAGUUCGGUGAAGUUCAGGUGAAAUCCCAGGCAGCACCUGAGGCCCUUCUGAGCUACCAGGGGCGCUGCCCCCCUGUGAGCCCGGAGGGCAAGGUUGGUAUGUCAAGCUCAAGCUCCCUCUGA